AUGUACCAAGCCAUAAUAGCAAGUGGCGCUACAGGAUUGAGGGAUUUGGUGACGGGCGCGGAGUUGGAGAGGGUACUAAUGGCAUACAAUGAAAGCUUGAUCAGAUGUUUUUAUCUUGCAGCUGGAGGAUCAGGUGCAGCGUUUCUGUGUAGAUGGGGAACAGUGAAGAAGAAGAAUAAGCAGGAAGGAGAUCAGGAAAGGGGAGAGAAUCUAGCUAAAAGCAACAAUCCGGAGUCCACGGUGAAGGAGGGAAAAGCUUGA